CGUCCAUGCAGUGUUGGUGACAGGCUAACUGGUUAGCCUAGCUGAACAGUCGGUUUUCAGUCCAACUUCUAAACUCACUGCCUGUUUGUCAGUCAGCGGGUUGUUUAACUGUGGACAAUUCGUUAACGACGUCGUUAAACCACCAUGUUACAGUUCCUGGCUGGCUUCACUCUGGGGAAUGUUGUGGGGAUGUACCUCGCUCAGAACUAUGAUGUCCCAAACAUAGCCAAGAAAAUAGAUGCGUUUAAGAAAGACGUGGAGGCCAAGAAGAAGCCUCCAGAGUGAGCGAAGCUGCACCCUGAGGAAAGCAAGAACAGAUCGACUCUGCAGAGCAUCUAUUUAUUUUACAGGGUUGUGAUAUGAGUGUACAUUUGUUGAAAGGACUGAUAAUAUAUGUAUGAUAAUAUCAACAGUGCCUGGAACAGUAUUUGCUUCCAUUAGUUUAAUAGGCACAUUCCCAUUGUAGCCUAUUUUUGUAAGAUAAAUUUAUAUUACACGAGUGUCUAUUUGCUCUUUUGUGUUGUAUUCGACUACAUUUAAGGAGAUUCUUUCACAAAGCUUUAAAAUUGUCAAACAGCUGCCAAAGUUUUUAUGAUGUUUGAGUUAACAAUUCUGAAUCGGACAUCUUACAAUAAAUCUGAUGAUAAAAAGUC